AUACUCUUUUAGUUGGCUAGCUGUAUAAAAAUAACUACUUACGGAUAUAGGGCAUAUUGAUCUCAUCCAACACCACUAGCUACUUAUUUAAUUACUACUGAUAAUUACCUCUUAACGAUGUCUUUUGAACUACCCAGUGUAUUGGAUCUCCACAAAACUAACCACUCAUGGGCUCUCGUUGUCGUCGCGUUCUUUUUAGCUCUAUUCCCGCGAAUAUGGGCUGUCCUCCUGGGAGCCGGAAAUAAGAUCUACGACCCCAAGAGUCCUCGCGAUUUUCCCACGGCUCUUCGGAAUUGCAGGGACUUGAACGACAAGGUACGAGGACGUCUUAUCCGUUCCGAGUGCGCGCUAAACAACGCAUUUGAGAAUCUCCCGUUGUUCGCUAUCGCUGUAUUGGCUGCUAACUUGGAGGGAGUUGACCUCUGGAUCCUGAACUUCUUUUCCUAUAAUUACAUCCUUUGUCGAGCCGUCUACACCUGGAUAUACAUCUGGGGUCAAGAGGACGACUAUAUGCACCCGUUAACCCGGUCAAUGGUGUGGUUUGCGUCCCAAUUCAUUCUUGGUAUGAUGUUUCUGCUACCUGGUUGCGGGAAGAAGUACGAGGUGUUUGCCCGUGCCACGAUCAGCCGUUCCAUAUAAUUAUAAU